GAUCCCCAUCCACGUGGGAAGUAGAAAUCGGUUGGGAGCCGGGCGCGUGCCGCUGUCAGAAGUGAAAAAAAUGACAUCCCUCGCUCACCAGCUGAAGCGCCUUGCACUCCCUCAGAAUGAUCCCAGUCUCUUGACUCGAAAAGAUGUGGCUUCACUGCUGUUUGAUUGCAAGGAAGCUGCCAAUAUUGACAGGGAAACCUUUUUUGCGAUAGGGUGUACUGGCCUUGAAGAGCUGACUGGCAUUGAUCCAUCCUUUGAGAUGUUUCAGGCAACGCUUUUCAGUCAGAUGUCUAAAGGUUUGGAGCGCAGUGUCCAAACUAAAGCAGUAAACCAGCAACUGGAUGAAAAUAUUUCAUUGUUCCUAAUUCAUGUGUCUCCUUACUUCAUGCUUAAACCAGCGCAGAAGUGCCUUGAGUGGCUGAUUCACAGGUUUCAUAUCCAUCUUUACAACCAGGAUAGUUUGGUUGGCUGCGUAUUGCCUUACCAUGAGACUAAAUUGUUUGUACGAGUUAUUCAGCUUCUAAAAAUUAGUGACCCAACCCACAAGUGGCAUUGGUUGCAUCCAAUUCAGAAACCAGGAGUUCCUCUGGCAAGAGGAACUUUGAUUACGCACUGCUACAAAGACCUGGGUUUCAUGGAUUUCUUAUGCAAUCUAGUCACACGGUCUGUAAAGGCUUUUUCUCUGUAUCCUGGAAGUUUAUCACAGAUGAGAGUCCUAUUUACUUUCUAUGCUUCCACAAUUGUGUCUGCUGUUGGGGCUGCAGAAUCAAUAACCGACACUAUAGUCUCCAAGUUGCUUCCUUACAUCCAAAAGGGUUUGAAAUCCUCGUUGGCAGAUUAUCGAGCUGCAACUUACAUGAUAGUUGGGCAGUUGGCAGUGAAGAUGACAAUGGAAGUGACUUUAGUGCAUGCAUUGGCAUUCCAGAUCAGCAAGACUUUGACCAAAUAUUCCUCCCUUAUUAAAGAGGGACUUGGCUGUUUGAUCGUCCUCUUACAGAGUCAAAAGGAAGAAGGUCUUGGAAAAAAGCCGUUUACCCAUCUGUGUAAUAUUCCUGACUUGGUUACUACCCUUCAUGAAAUUUCAGCCACUUACGAUGUCAGUCCAGUUUUGCAUUACAUGUUACCAUACCUAGUUCACUCGGUUAUUUAUGGAAAGAGAGAAAUGCAAGAAGAAUCCAACUUGGGGAACAAUCAAAUCUCUAUAAAGCUUCUAGAAGCUAUAAUUACAAAUAUACCACUAGAAAAAGAUUUGGAUCGUUUAUUGGCCUGUACGUUUCUGGAGGACUAUGUCUCCUGUGGUGUGUUGAGUGACUCUGAUCCCACCACAAUGGAAGAGAUUAACAAAGAGCUGCUUCCUAUCAUCAGACUUUUUGAAAGAAAAUACUCUCAGACACUUGAUAUGGUAUUGGAAGAACAUCUGAAAAUUAUUAGAAAUCAGAAAGAGCAAGACGUCUUCCACCAGUUUAUUUCCCUUUCAUUGAGUGGUGGUAAAUAUCAGUUCCUGGAGGAUUCUGAUACAUCUCUGCUACUUAGUCUCAAUCAUCCUCAGUCAGCAGUCAGAGUUCUUGCCGUUCAGCAUUUAAAAGAAAUAAUUGAAACAUCAAAGGAGGGUUUUGAUUACUCUUUUAUCGAAGAAGCAGUUUUGAUGCGCCUUAAGGAUGAUAAUCUAGAAGUGGUUAGGUCCACUCUCAGCACGUUAGAGACAAUGCUGGCUACCCUCAAGACAAUGGAUGAAGACAUUGGUUUCAGUCUGCUGAGUGUCUUUGAGAGAGCUGACCUCUCCAAGGAUGAAAAAUGGUACAAGAUCUUGGUAGCUGCAAUACAUCUGUUCAUCAAAGAAAAGAUUCUUAAAGAGAAUAAAGUUCUCUUAAACCGAUUAAUCCUGCAGCUGUUACCAUUUAUCGUCAUCACCACCAAUAAUUCAAAAUCCUCUGAAUGGAAAGUGGCACUUUGUGUAGCAGAGUCUGGUCUUUGCUCACUGCAUCCUUUGUUGAAAGGGUGGCCUGAAGCUUUCAAAAAAGUGAUCAAAGCAACUAAAUCAGAACGCUUGGUAGGCACAGCCAAUGAAAAACUGAUUCAGCUUUUGUCAGGGAACCUAAUUUCCGAAGCUCCUUCCUUAAUGUUACAGAUGGUGGACGGUCUCAUCAGUAUUGCUGGACAGGAUCCUCACACACCAAAGCAAAAAAUAACUGCUCAUAUAAUUAGCUCUGUCCUUGUCCGGUCCUGCUGCAGCAGCUCGCAAGUGGAAGAGUGCCACAUGCCUCUGGCAUUGAAGGUCUUCCAUCUUUUGAAUGAAAAAGUGAGAAAACUGGAAGGCCACUACUAUGUAGAGGCAUUUCUCAGUACGUUCUCUAUUGAAAUGACCUCUGGGAGCGAAAUGCUAUUGGAGACCUUAACCACAUACAUAGAAAAGCUGAACUCUGGGAAGGAUGUGGACGUAGAACAUACUGUCCUACUUAUCAUUUUGUUAAGAAUCUUUAUUGAAGGUCUGCAGCCUCCUGAUUCCUUUGAGACAGAUGAGGUUUGGUGGAAUCCUGAAAUGCUAAGUGGCAAGAGCAAAGACUACUUACACCUGUUGUUGGGGCUCUUUGAUGUUCUAGUCCUCAGAGCCAGUGAAGGAAUCUAUGCUGAUCCAUUUCGCGCAAUAAUGAGACUUCUGUUUGAGGUACACUUGAAAGAGCCAGAAAAUCAGUUUGGAUUUCUUUCAGUCUUAUGGACUUACAAUUACAAUCUCUCCAACCAACUCAGCUUUGUGAUGGAUGCUGUGUUACAGACUCGGGCUUUGUAUAUAGGGUGUGCGAUGCUCACAUCACAAACUACACAAAAGAAAAGGCAGCUAGCAUCAGCACCUUCUCCAGUGACUAUAUCAUUGCUGAUCAAUUUGGCAAGUCCAGUGAGCGAAGUCCGAAGAGCUGCUCUUAGCUGCCUACAUGCCAUUAGUGGAAUAAAGGAAUCUAUAUUUCAUCCCAUUAUGCAUAAUUUAGUGCAGAAAGCAGAAGAGAUAAUAUCUGACCAAACUUAUGUGAUCCAGAGUCUGGGAAGUUUGUUUGGGGAACUGCAUACUCAACAUAAACAUAAGAUUCAGCAACAGAAGUUGUCAGAAGCACUGGAAGCAUUACUGGAGUGCGUACAAGGCAUCAGGUAUCCAUCAUACAUUGCAAGAAACAUGAUGAGAAUUCUUCAAGCAGUCAAUGGUGAGGUGGUGCUCUCUCACCUGCUGCCUGUCCUUGAUCGGCUCCUGGAGAAAGCUCUUAGCAGAUCAGAUGGAUUGCUAAAAGACGAAGCUCUUCUUUUAUAUCUCAUUCUUGGAAAGUAUAAUGAGCACGCAGCUGCACUCUUAUGCACCAGUCAACAGUGUCUAGAUUUGUUUAUCAAAUCUUUGAACACCUCACAAACAAUUUACCAAGGACUUUCUGUUUUCCAGAUCAGAGCACUUGAGCAGAUCACUAAACCAUUCUUUGCUGCUGUGCCGGAUGGGAAAGUUCAGCAGAAGAUACUGGGAGUCUUGUUUGAUUUACUGCUUGAUUGCAAAAAUCCACUUUGCGCACAGACGAUUAGCAGUGUUUUUAAAGGGAUUUCAGUUGAUGCUGAGCAGGUUGGCAUGGAACUGGAACCUUUGCCAAAAGCUAAGAAUGUGGCUACUGUUCACCAAACUAGAAGGCAAAAGAUGCAGCAGCAGAGAAAAGUGCAAGAUCAAGAGAGUGCACAAGAAGAGAGCAGUGUGAACUGGCAGAGAGUCACUGUUAUCCUGGAACUGCUGCAACACAAGAAAAAGCUCAGACAGCCUCAGGCAUUGAUACCUGUCCUUUUCAGUUUACUGGCCAGGUGCCUGGAACCCUCUUUGGAACUGGAGAACCUGGAAUACACAAAGCAGCUAAUACUUGGCUGUCUAUUAAACAUUUGCCAGAAACUGUCCCCAGAUGGCAGCAGGAUAGGAGCAGAUAUUCUUGAUGAAGAGAAAUUCAACGUGGAGCUGAUAGUUCAGUGUGUCAGGGUUUCAGAAAUGCCUCAGACUCACCACCAUGCUUUGCUCUUGUUGGGUGCUGCUGCUGGAAUGUUUCCUGGCAAAGUGCUACACAAUAUCAUGCCCAUUUUUACAUUCAUGGGAGCAAAUGUCAUGCGUUUGGAUGAUGCUUACAGUUUCCAAGUAAUUAAUAAGACUGUGAAGAUGGUCAUUCCUGCUCUCAUACAGGCUGAGGAGGACAAUGGCUUUUCUGAAACAAUGGGAAAUGUAGAAGGAGUGGCUAUUAAAAUAAUCCGUGUGUUUGUGGAUGCUUUGCCGCACGUGCCUGAGCAUCGACGCCUCCCGAUCUUAGUGCAGCUGAUAAGCACUUUGGAAGGAGAGCGAUUUCUUUGGAUUCUUCUGGUGCUACUGUUUGAACAGCACGUGACGAAAUCAGUGACUUCUGUAGCCAGUGGAGAGAAGGAUGCUGUAUUGGAGACUGAUACUGAAUUCUGGAUUUCUGUGUGCUGUGAGUUUAGUGUAAAAGAACAGCUACAAACUUUAAUGAAAUUACUGCACUAUUUAACGAAGUUGCCAGAGAACAAAGAAGAUGAUCCGCAACAAAAAAAAUCAAGAUUACACAGGACAAAAUCACAGAGCCAAGAACCUGAGCUCUUUAAUGUGGAGACUCACUCCGGUAAACAGCUGAGGCAUUUCAAAUUCCUGUCAGUCUCUUUCAUGUCACAUCUUCUGGCUUCACACAGUUUUGUGAAAACGGUAGUGGAAUGUGAACACGCUGAAGAGUUACAGCAGCUUGAGCAGAGAUUGUUAGAAGAAGUUCUUUGCUACAUCAAUGCUGUGGCACACUCAGUGGAAGGAAAUGCUGAUGCUCCGACUGCCAAGUUUUGGAGGGCUCUUCUCAGUAAGUCCUAUGAUGUGCUGGAUAAAGUUAACUCUUUACUGCCAACGGAAGUCUUUAUUCCUGUCAUCAGGGGCCUGAUGAUCAACCAGCUGCCUUCUGUGAGACGUAAAGCGAUGGACCUACUGAACAAUAAGUUGCAACAACGCACACGUUGGCAGAAAGAACAAGCUGAACUGCUGUUGGACAUGGUUCCUCAGCUCAUUGCUGUUGUGCAGCGUAACGCAAAGGAGGCUGAGGAGGAACAGGCAAUCAACAGGCAGACAGCCUUGUUCAGCCUGAAGCUGCUGUGCAAGUGUUUCGGCUCUGAAAACCAUGUACCCUUUGUUCCUUUGCUCACUGCUGCUGUUGAUGUGAUUUCUUCUGAUGAGAAGGAAGAAAGAAACGUCAUAGGAAGUGCUUUGCUCUGUGCAGCUGAGGUCACCUGUGUGCUGAAAGCACUGGCAAUACCUCAGCUACCAAGACUUAUGCCAGCAUUGCUAAAGGUGCUGAAAAACAAAGAGGAGUUUGUUGCUGGUGAAAUCUACUUGCUCAGUGCAGUGACGGCUCUUUUGAAAGUUGUGGAAACGCUGCCACACUUCCUGAGUCCAUAUCUGCUGGACACUUUGCAGCAGGUGAUCUUUUUGGAAAGAAUUGGAGCUGAAAUGGGUCCUUCAUCCCACCUGAAUAUACGUGUGACAUCUCUGAUCACCACCCUAGCAACUAAACUCCCACCAAGGGUUCUUCUUCCAGUAGUAACAAAAUGUUAUGAUGCAAUUUCAAAUGCUUGGAAGAACUAUCUAGGUAUACUGAUGGACAUUCUGAAGAAGCAUAUUGUAGUUUUGGAAAAAGAUCAGCUCACUGCCCAUCAGUCUGAGCUAAUGGCAUUUUUUAUGAAGGCCCUGGACUUCAGAGCUGAGCACUCUCAGGAUGAUCUGGAGGAAGUUGGGAAAGUAGAAUUACAUAUUAUUACUUGCUUAAUUAGCAUGAUUAUGAAGCUUUCUGAAAUAUCUUUCAGACCCCUUUUCUUCAAGCUCUUUGAUUGGGCCAAAACUGAAAGUGCCUCAAAGGAUAGGCUGUUAACUUUCUGCCGAUUGGCAGAUUGCAUUGCUGACCAGCUCAAAGGGCUGUUCACUCUCUUUGCUGGUCAUUUAGUGAAGCCUUUUGCAGACAUUCUGAACCAGAUCAAUAUUUCCAAAACAGACGAAGCUUUCUUUGACUCAGAAGAAAACACAGCAAAGAGCUGCUUAUUGCUACAGUUCAUCCUUGGUUGUUUCCACAAAAUAUUUCUUUUUGAUUCCCAUCAUUUUGUGAGCAAAGCGAGGACAGAAAGUUUGAUGAAGCCUUUAGUUGAUCAGCUGGAAAACAUGAUUGGCGGAGAAGAGAGGUUCCAAGAACGAGCAACAACAUAUCUAAUCCCAUGUAUAGCUCAAUUUGCUGUUGCAAUGGCAGAUGAUUCUCUGUGGAAGCCACUAAACUAUCAGAUUUUGCUAAAGAUGCGGCAUGCAUCACCUAAGGUUCGAUUUGCCGCCUUGUUAGCUUUGCAGGAGCUUGCAGAAAAAAUAAGAGAGAACUAUAUGGUGCUACUUCCAGAGGCUAUUCCCUUCUUAGCUGAGCUUAUGGAAGAUGAAUGUGAAGAAGUCGAGCAUCAGUGCCAAAAGACAAUUCAACAGCUUGAAGUUAUUCUCGGAGAACCGCUGCAAAGCUACUUCUGACACCAUGAACAAUUGCACAAUUCAGGGACAAUGAACUCCUCAGCAUCAGGACUAAGAAGCAUACCUGUUGCACCCAAGGCCACAAAUUUAAACCAUAUUGCUAUAUUCUUCCUACCUUUCAGAGGUCUUACUUACCUGUUUAUGAACAUUAGUAACUGUGAACAAGUUUAAACAAAGGACUUUGUUUUUACAAAUAAUAUUUUCCAUACUCUUGGAAAGUGUUGUGUUUGUGGGGAGUCGUUCUUUCUGUUUUGAGAGGCUUCAGAAAUAAUUAAACUUGAAAAUUGCAGAGCAGAAGGGUGGUUUACAAAAGGAAACAAGGAUCUUGCAUCAUUGGGAAGGCACCACAUCCUGUUAAAUGUACAUAUGGUAAAGUAGUUGUCGGUAUUCAGCUACAAAGCAAGAGUGAGGCAGAUGUCCUUCUCUUAUUGUAAAGAGGGAGCUCAUUGCUGGGAAAGAGGAUAGCCUCAGAUUUUAUGUACUAAUCAUAGCAUGCUAUGUAGGUAAAUCACAUGGGAAGCCUACUGAAUUAACCCCCACCCCCCAAGCUCUGCAUUGGUCUUAAGAUUUGAACACACCCUGAUAACUAAUAUGAUUCAACACUGAAGGAACACAGUAUAGAUAUGCAUUCAGAUGAACUAAUCAAAAUCUCAGUACACAUGCACGCAGUAUACCCUGUUCCAAAUAUAAAGUAGCUAUAACUGACCCAAAUUGCAAAAUUAAGAACAAUCAGAUAUAAAGGAAAGAUGCAAAUCUAUAUUUUGUAGCCUUACUGUUUUAGUUUUAGGGGGGCAGAAAGAAGGGAAGAAUGGAUGACAGAAGCAGCAGACAAGCAUAUUGUCCCACUACUAUUGCUCUCACUCCACAUAGGAUUGGGUUAAUGUCUCUGUGCACAGCCUUGCUGACAGGAACUGCAGUGCUAUGGAAGCUUUUUGAAAGCAGAAACAGCAACAUUUCUCAUGUUCAGUGCUUUCUCUGAAAGAAUGUACUUGCAUUCUGAGAUUGCUGAACACCUCCCUACAGAAAAUGGUUGAAAGUAAACUUCUAUAGA